AUGCCAUAUACACUCCAUACGAAUUGGCGAUCAACCUGCUCAAGCCGUCUCCGAAUCGCUCUGAAUUUAAAGCACAUCCCCUACAAGCCCAUAUACGUAGACCUAGACCGCGGCGAACAGCACCACGAAAGCUAUCUCGCCGUAAAUCCAUCAGGAACAGUACCCUGUCUCCAGAGCGAAGACGGCAAAGUCCUCAUCACGCAAUCGCUAGCAGCGAUCGAAUUCCUGGACGAAGUUCAUCCCGACUCAACACCACGCCUAUCCUCGAGAGCGAGCUUUACUCCGCUCACUAGCAUACAUCACUGCCAUCGGCUGACGAGUACGCGUGUAUCGAAAGACAUGGUGGCUCUUGGGGGGUUCGGGGAAAGAAUUUUCGAGGAAAGCUUAUCUGAAGGGACUUGCUGUGUACGAAGCUCGGUUAUCGGGGGGAAGAUCGGUAUUCUUUUGGUGAUUUCGUCACUAUGGCUGAUGUUUGCUUGGUUUCUGCUGUUUGGAAGGCUUGGAUGCUUGAGCUUGAUGUUGAGGCUCUUUUUUCCGAAAAUUUGGAGCGUUUAUCUGCUUAUGAUGGAGCGGAGGGUGGAUGCUGAGGCGCAUUGGAAGCAGCAGCCUGAUUGUCCUGGCGGUGAUUUUACGUGA